GACCCCAAACUUUUGAACAGUAGUGUAAUUGUUUCAUGAUGCUUUGCACAAGCCCCUGUUCAGGAUUUACCCUCCAGCAUUAAGUGACAACAGCAGGCUAGUAAAUGAAACUGAACACCGUUAUUUAAAGAAUUCUCUAACACAACACACUUGCCCAGACAAGACGAAGUUGUUUCUGCAAGACCUAAAACCCUUGGAAUUACUGGAAUAGGGGAAGGACACAUCCCCGAAGGGAUUUGGCUGUACCCAUCAUUACAUGCUGUAUUGGUGAUGAGCUCAAUACACAUUGUUUUUCUGUUCUGGUCUUGGUGAUAUGCUACAUUCUGGAUUUAAAAAUAGAUGGAUUGUUGAUUGUUUGUACAUUAUCAACAUUUGCACACAAAAUCCGCUGGUUCUAACCAAGGAACCUGUUAGACCAAUGCGGUUCGCUGGUUCUAACUGAGGAACCUGUUUGACCAAGGCAAUCCGCUGGUUCUAACUGAGGAACCUGUUUGACCAAGGCAAUCCGCUGGUUCUGACCGAGGAACCUGUUAGACCAAGGUGAGGGGGCAGCCCUUAAAAUACAGUACAGGUAACCGGUGAGACAAAGUCCAUACAGAAAGAGAGAGAGAGAGAGAGAGAGACUCCAUCAUCUCCAUUCGUUGAUAAGGUUCCCCAUUGGCUCACCAUGGUUGAAUACAAAGUCCAGGUGACUACAGGGGAAGUUCUAUUCUCUGGCUCAUCUGACUACAUUUAUGUCACACUCAUUGGAACAGAGGGGGAAAGUGAGCGCACUAACCUUGACAACUAUGGCCUAGAUUUCAUGACUGGGAUGACAGGGACCUACACUGUGACCAACCCCUCGUCUCUGGGGCGCCUCCUCCUGGUUAAACUGGAGAAAGAGCAGUACCUGUUCCUGCCAGAAAAUGAGUGGUUCUGCUCCAAGGUUGUCGUGACGACACCUGAGGGUGACGUAAUCCUCUUCCCUUGUUACAGAUGGUUGUCCAGAGGGGAAAUUGUGGAGCUGAGAGGAGGAAAAGCCAGGAAGGUUUUUGAGGAUGAGCUCCCUCUACUGGUGCACCAUCGUAAAAAGGAGCUGGAGCUUCACAAGAAACUGUUCCAGUGGAUUGUGUAUGCCGAGGGAGUCCCCCACAUCAAUAACACCACUGAAGUCUCAGCCCUCCCUUCUGAAGUUAAAUUUUCUUUCUCCAAAAUGUCAGAGUUUAUCUACACCAAAGCUGCAGCUAUAGCUGAGCUCAAACUGAAAUGCCUGGUGAACUCCACCGAGCAGUGGAAAGACCUGGAGAUGAUGAAAACUGUUUUCUGGAAAAAUAGAACACCCAUUUCAGAAUAUGUCUCUGAGCACUGGAAGGAGGAUGACUUUUUCGGGUCCCAGUUUCUGAAUGGAACCAACCCCAAUGUGAUCCAGCGCUGCACAACGCUUCCCCCCAACUUCCCUGUCACAGACAAGAUGGUACAGCCCUUCCUGAAGGACGGGAGUUCCCUGGCGACGGAGAUGAAGGAAGGAAACAUAUUCCUUUGCGACUACAAGAGGCUUGAGGGUGUGCCAACCCGGGUGGUCAAUGGUAAACCAUUGCCCCUCACGGCUGCCCUCUGCCUGUUCUACAAGAACCCAGAGGACAAACUGCUGCCUAUCGCCAUCCAGCUGGAGCAGCAGCCCUCUCAGCAGAACCCUAUAUUUCUGCCUAGCGACUCGGAGCACGACUGGCUGCUAGCCAAGAUCUUUGUGAGGAACGCAGAUUUCUCCGAGUUCCAGAUCAGCUACCAUCUACUGGGCACUCAUUUACUGGCAGAGGCCUUCACUAUGGCAACCUUCCGGAGCCUUCCUAUCAUGCACCCUCUCCACAAGUUGCUGAUACCCCACUUCCGUUACACCCUGCAGAUCAACCUUCUUGCGCGAAAAAGACUGAUUAGUCCUGAUGGACCCUUAGCAAAUGGUGCUAUGGGACUGAAGGGGUUGAAGGAACUCUUGAAAAGGGCACAAUCAGAAAUCACCUACAGCUCCCUCUGUCUGCCGGAGAACAUUGUUGCACGAGGACUGGAGUCCAUCCCUAACUUCUACUACAGGGAGGACGGCCUGAAGCUGUGGAACAUCAUCAACAGCUUUGUCAAGGGGAUGGUGGAGCACUUCUACUCCUCUGACAGUGAAGUGUCCAGGGACUCUGAGCUUCAGGACUGGAUUCACGAGAUCUUCAUCCAUGGGUUCCUUGGAAACGGAAAGUCAGGAAUCCCUAAGCGAUUUGACAAAGUGGAGGAAGUUGUCAAAUUCAUUACCAUGAUUAUCUUCACUGUGUCAGCUCAACAUUGCGCCCUCAAUAUGGGGCAGUUUGACUAUGGUGGUUGGGUACCCAACAACCCCCUGUUACUGCGCAAAGCUCCUCCCACCACGAAGGGGAGCUCAAGCAUGAACACCAUUUUGGAAGUACUGCCAAACAUCAGCACUACUGUUAAUAACAUGGCUUCCACAUGGCUGCUCAGCAAGAGAUACUCAGACACGAUUCCCCUUGGUACAUACCCAGAUCAACACUUUGAUGAGGCUGUCCCCAUGCAGAUGAUUAAGCAGUUCCAAGCAGAGUUGUCCUACCUCAGUCGAUCAAUCAUUAAGAGGAAUGCCAUACUUACACUACCCUAUAACUACCUGAACCCUGCCGAGAUGGAGAAUAGUGUAUCCAUAUGAUUGAGCUUAGGCCCAUUCAAAUGAUUACAGUUUACUUAAAGAUGCAGUCUGGGAUCUUAAGCUUAACAAAUGAAUAACAUAUUGUACUGUUGGGUUCUGGGAAAAUGAAAUAUACUUAUUCAUGUCACUGAGGGAGAGAGGGUCAUGUAUAACGUAAACAUUAUAUAAGGUAUCCUAUUGAAAUAUUGAGUGCAGGGAAGUGAUCACAUGUGGCAGGCAUUGAUAAGGGGAGAGAGCCAUGGAUUAGUGAUGAAGGGGGGUUUAGGUCAGGUCACUUUAAGGGAGAAAUAGCAGUAAAUAGGAGAAAUAGCAGCCUAGCAGUAAAGAACGAUGUUUGUACAGAUGUGUAGGAGGAGACUCAGCCUAGGAGGAAGGGUUAAAUAUCAGUGCUUGUACAGAUGUGUAGGAGGAGACUCAGCCUAGGAGGAAGGGUUAAAUAUCAGUGCUUGUACAGAUGUGUAGGAGGAGACUCAGCCUAUGAGGAAGGGUUAAAUAUCAGUGCUUGUACAGAUGUGUAGGAGGAGACUCAGCCUAUGAGGAAGGGUUAAAUAUCAGUGCUUGUACAGAUGUGUAGGAGGAGACUCAGCCUAGGAGGAAGGGUUAAAUAUCAGUGCUUGUGUGAAAAUGUGUUUGUCUAAUGCAGCUGUAUUGAUCCUCUGGGAAGAAUAAACUUGGUUCAGCUUUCAUAAUGUCUGUAGAGUUUUUGCUCUGAGAAUUAGAAUGUAACAGUACAAAUUAUAUUGAAGAAGAAGGCCCUGGUUGCUAUACACAUUAAAUGUUUGGGAGUGUGCGACUUUCUUUCUUCUUACGUAUUGGAUUCGUAACAUAUCAUACUAAAUGUACAAAACAUAACAUAUCAUACUACAUGGAUGGCGUAGUAAACAAUUUGAUGAUGGAGUACACGAAAAAUGGGACCUGUUUUGUCUUGUGAGCACCUCUUUCAAAACUACUGGCUGAAAUUAUACCAAGGCUCUGGAGCAUCACUUCAAUCAUCAAUGAUAGCCAAAAUGGCUAACCAAAUUGAAGAUCUAGAAGGCAGCUGAAGUCCUGAAGUCACUGAGUACCACAGAGUCCUGGAUUAAAGUCGGAAGAAAGGGCUACCAACUUUAGAAAAUGGAACUUUGCAGUUGUCUUUAUAAAGAAUGCAUUAAUAAAGUGGAUUACAAAUGAAA